CGUAGCGGUCGGGCAGCCGCAACGUCAGGCGGCGGCAGAUUCAAGAGCCGACAUGCACAAACGAAACUAGUCGCGUAAGGGUGUAUCUUGUUGUCGUACGUUGGAGACGCUACGUAGACAUUAUGCCGUCGACAUGUGCAAUGCCUGGUUGUAAGUCACGGGGCGUAAGGGGCUUCUUCAGAUUCCCGUCCAAAAAGCGUGACUCUCACAUGAGGCAAGCGUGGAUCAAUGCAACGAAACGUGUCGACGAAUCCGGCAAGCCCUGGGUACCUACAGUGCAUUCACGUGUGUGCUACCUCCAUUUCACGACAGGCAAACCAAGUCGUUCACCAAAGCACAUUGACUAUGUGCCGCGUGCUGCCGACCAGAAUGAUGAAAACUCUCAACAGAAGAGAUGCACUGCCCUGCAAAGACUUGAGCGCUCGCAGAGACGACUAAAACAGAGACAAAGUGAAGAUUGCGCAAGUUCCAGGAAUUCCACAGAGAGGCCUGUUGGUAGUGAGAACUCUGCAUGUGAGUACGCAGAGCAUAACAGAGCGAACGACAGCUCACCGACUCAUGGUAACAGUGAACACGUAUACACAGAGUCAGAGGUGACAGCAGCUGAAUCACUGGUGUUGCUGCAACAAGCCAGACCAAGCAUGCAACCUGCAAACAACACCUGUGAAAGCAAGCUCACGAGAAUAAGCACAGAACUUCAGCUCCUGAAGAUGCGCAUCCAAGCACUGGAAGAGGAAAAUCAUGACCUCUCAUCACGAUUAUUGAGCCUAAAGACUGUUACUGACAUCAAGUUCAAGUACUACACUGGCCUAAAGAAUAGACAGGUCUUUGAUGUCAUCUUUAAGCAUGUAGAACAUAAUGCAAGAAAAAUGAACUACUGGCACAUGGGGCCUAGAAAUGAAGGAGGAGGAAGGGGACGGCUAAGGGCUGCUAGCCUUCAAGAUGAACUUUUCAUGGUGCUUGUAAGGCUCAGAACAGGAAUGCAGGUCCAAGAGAUUGCAAGAAAUUUUGGAAUAUCCGAGGCCACAUUUAGCAGGAUAUUCACUACUUGGAUCAAGUUCCUCGAUCUAGAACUAGGUGCUCUAACACAGUUUCCCCCAGCUAGCACCAUAAAACAGCACCUCCCGAAGUCCUUUUCAUGUUUUUCAGACACAAGAGUUGUAAUCGAUUGUACAGAAGUCAGGAUACAAAGGCCAUCACGACUGACUGCUCAGAGACAGACAUUUUCAAAUUAUAAACAUUAUAAUACCUGCAAAGUUCUAGUAGGAGCAACACCAGAUGGCUACUUGUGUUUUGUUUCGAGUAUGUGGGGAGGGCAAGUAAGUGAUGGUUUCAUUGUCAAGGAGAGUGGCCUGCUAAAUUACCUAAAGCCAGGGGAUGCCAUCAUGGCCGAUAAGGGCUUCAAAAUAGAACCCUUUCUGCCACCUGGUGUUAAGCUGUAUGUGCCACCAUUCCGAAAGGGAAUGCAAAUGCCCGCAGCUGAUGUUGAGAAGACUCGUCGGAUUGCUAGUGCAAGGAUCCACAUUGAACGGGUAAUUAGACGAAUAAAGGAAUUCCAUAUAUUGGACAACCCUAUACCGAUCAAUAUGAUGGAUAUCGCUGAGCACAUUUUCAGAGUGUGUGCAUUCUUAAGUAAUCAUCAAGAUCCUCUGAUAAACAGCUAA